UUCACAACUGCUUUCUCUCAGCUCGACAUGCACACAGCCUAAUUACGUUUGGCAAUCGGAGAGUAGUGUAGUACUAUCACUCUAUCCGUGCCGAUUAUUUCUGGCGAGACUUUUAAUCCGACGACAGCGGUGAUUGGGCGGCGCAGUCACGGGGUCCGCAGUCUCUUCGCCCUGCCUAGAGUCAGUCAGUCAGUCGGGGGAAGGCGAGUCUGCCUGCAAGCGCUUCUCUCUGUGUGGAUCCACCAUACACACACGUACACACUCGCGCGGGCAUUCACACAUAAUUAUUGUUAAUUACUGAGCCCCUUUCGGUCUUCUGAGAGUCUGUUUUCCACCAUGGGCGACAAAAAGAGCCCAACCAGACCGAAAAGACAAGCCAAACCGACAGCGGACGACGGAUUUUGGGACUGUAGCGUGUGCACUUUCAGAAACAGUGCCGAAGCCUUCAAAUGCAGCAUCUGUGAUGUACGGAAGGGCACGUCUACCAGAAAACCCCGGAUAAACUCCCAGCUGGUGGCACAGCAGGUGGCCCAGCAGUACGCCAUUCCUCCUCCACCAAAGAAAGACAAGAAGGAAAAGCCUGAGAGGCCUGAGAAAGAUCGGGCCGAGGGGGAGCGUCCUGAUAGAAAUCCGCAUGACAGCGAACACACGGACAUGGACAAGAGUGAGAAGGAGCAGCCUGACAAAGAGAAGAAGGACCGAGAGAAAGAAAUCACCCCAGCCGUCAUCAAGAAACCCAACAGCAAAAAGAACAAACCCAAGUCAGACAGCCAUCAAAGCCCACCCAGUGAACGCAACAGCAUUCAGUCCGGCAAAUCCACAACCAAGACCAAGAACUCCCACAUCUCCAGGCCCAAGCUGAAGAACAUUGACAGGAGCACAGCCCAGCAGCUGGCCAUCACCGUGGGGAACGUCACCGUGAUCAUAACAGACUUUAAGGAGAAGACCCGCUCCUCCUCCACCUCGUCCUCCACAGUGACCUCCAGCACCGGCUCUGAACAGCAGCACCAGAGCUCUGGCUCCGAGAGCAUGGACAAGGGCUCAUCCCGUGCUUCAACACCAAAGGGAGACCUCUCGGUCGGGCACGAUGAGUCAUUCUGAGCACCUCGGACGCUGUCCAGACAGCAGGGAUGUACUUUGCCUCCACUUUCCCCUCUCUUUGCCCUGAGUCAACUCGUAUUCAUUUCUAUCACUGAAACAGGGAUCUAAGGUCCUUGUACCCACACACACUCAACAUACAACAUACACAACAUUUUUGUGAAUGGUGCAACCAUGGCGGACCAUGGAUUUUCCCUCCCUGGAGACAUCCCACUCUUGUAUGUAUUGUUUUAUAUUUGUAAGUGGAUGUGCAGCCGAAUCAACAUUUUUUUGUUUAAAAAAAUAUAUAUAUGUAAAUGUCUGUGGUGCACAAUAACCACCAACAUUUUAACUAUUUUGGACCAUUAUUGCUCUAAUUUAUUAUGUUGCAUCUUUGUACCCUUUUUUUUUUUUCGGAUGGACCGUUUUUCUCAGCUAAAGUAGCCAACAGCUCCCCUUCAGUGCUGAAAUGAUUUUUCUGAAGAUUCCCGAGAAACUUCUCACAAUGGUGCUAGAUACACUGUGAAAUGAUUUCACACCAUAGAAACAGAUCCCUCUGCUCCUGGAAACAGUGGAAAUAUUUGUGUCCUGGUGUCAGGCUGCAUUCUUCUGUUGCUUUGUUUUGGGAUUUUUUUUUUUUCCUUUUUGCAACUGAUCUGGACAUUUGUGCACUGACGGUCCUGAGAUCUGGUUUCGUCAACAUACUGAACGUAUGGUGUUUUGCAUCUGGCGUAUUAUGGAGAAAACAUCUGCCAUUCACAAACUGCAAGGAGACAUUGCAAGCUUGAUGUGAGCUAUGGAUUUGAUCGUUCUGAGGUGAAUUGAGCUUUCUCAACACUCACUUGGCUUAACAUCCUUGGCUUUUGUUGUCCUUUAUGGUCUACAUAUGAUGUAUUUUAAAAACACUAAAAGGUCUGUAGGCCUUUAAUUUUGAAGAACUACUUUUGUUUUAUAGGUAUUUUUGAUCGAAAGAUACAGAUUUUAAUCUUAGGGUUUUACUCUGCCUUGUUUUUAUCUGAAUACAAACUUUUGAAGUUUUUUUUCCCAUAAUCUACAGAAACUUAGAUGAUGGUAAGCAGUGCAGUAUUUACUAAAACAAUCCCAACUCUAGAAAUAAGUGAUAUUGUGCUGAACGUGAACUGUCACUGAAUGCAUGGGAAAUCUCGCAAGUAAGGGUGCGCGAUAAAUAUCGUACGAUAAUUAAUGCGCAUCUCAUCGGUUCUCUAAUCAGCAGUAAACUCCCUCAGGUGCGUGAUUUCACAUAGAGCAGCUGUUACUUCAUGGAGCCAUUGUUAACUGAGAAGAUGCGCGAAUAAACGAUGAUAAUAAACGUGGAUUUGCGCAGCUAAUCCGUUAACAAUGACUCCUUGAAGUAACAGCUGCUCUAUGUGAAAUCGCACACCUGAUGGAAUUUACCGCUGAUUAGAGAACCGGCUUUACUGACGAGAUGCGCAUUAAUUAUCGUACAAUAUUUAUUGCGCACCCCUACUCGCAAGCAUUCAGUAAUAACAUUUUUUUAUUUGUGUCACAAUAAGUUGAUGCAAGCAUGAUUUCAUACAAUAUUCCCGCUCCCCAUUAACGCAAGAUGUCUAGCAGGUAGUCCCACAAAUCUCAAGGUCAGCACAUCUUCCCUUUUGAAGUGUAUUAAACUUGUACAAAGUAUGUGUAUAUGAUAUGAGUUUUAUUUAUUGAAGGACCAAAGGAAUUUGAUAUUGAUGACAUGCUAGACAAAUGAAUAAUUCAAAAUGUAAUUACCAUAUGUGUGAUAUAACAUUUUAAUAAAGUCUAAUAUAAUCCAUUUCAAAUGUGUAAUUCUUGUCCUCUUGAUAUAUGCAGAAGAUUUGUAUACUUGUAAAUUCAUAGAAAUUCAUGUCAAGUCUGUAAAGACGAAACGGACUUUUGUCACUGUACUGCGUGUUAAUUCUGUAACAGCAUAGAAUUAUUACAGUGAACUCCCAUCAAGCUGUUUUUCCCUUCCACAAAUUGUGCUUUUAAGCCAUUGUGUUGUUUUGAAAAGAAGAGAUAAAUGGACAUUAUUAUUGGCUGGCAACUUUAACGCUUUGAAUAGGUUACUGUUUUUGUUAACAGAAGUAGACAGACUAAAGCAUUAUGUAUAAAUGAAGACUUCACUGGGUUGUUGUUUUUGUCGAGGGUAACCAUGUGUCUUCUUUAUAUAUUUGUGAUGUUAACCAACCAAACCGGUAUUGAUUGUUGGAUACAAAGCAUUUAAGUUGUAUUGAUCCAAUUCCAAUUAGAUCAGUGCAAGAUUGACACUUCGUAAAAUCUUCUUUUUCUUACAAGUAUGCAAAGUAAUAACCAGAAUGGGAGAUGUUUGACAAAUCACAAAUCAAUGGGGUGUUAAUUAUUCUGCAUUAUUCUGAUUACUGAGAUUUUACUACAUUUUAACCCCAAACGUCAUCAAAUGUGCAAUGUAUAGCAUAACGCAAUGUUUCGUAAAAUUGUAUGAAUAUAGCCAUUUUUUCACUUGCCUUAUCCGCUGUCAGAAACAGUUACCUGAAUUUUGUAAAACUGUAAAGAAAAAAAAGAACAAUGAAUUGUGUUUAAUUUAUUUACAUUUGAGGAGAAGAACAAUUGCUGAAAUUAAACCGUGCUUAUGUAUAAUUCAAAUGGUGUAAAAGCCAACGUAACGGCUAUGAAUGACAAUGGAGUUUUUACGCGCAAGCAGCUCUGUUCUUGUGUACGACUAGUAACCUUAAUUUACUGUGUAAAGAUGGUUACUUUUUUUUUUAGCUUUGUUUGUCAGAAACCCAAAUAUAGAAUGCUUGUUUGCAUAUGCUUUAGCGUUAACAUUGUGAAAUUACCGUGUACCUGUAUAGUCCUGGUUUCUUAAAUUUUGUCAAUGUCUUGUAAAAAUGCCUUUACAGUUUCCUUUUGCAUAAGAAGUUUUAAUUUUGUAAGCAAGAAUCUAUUUUUCUCCUCGUUUUGUUUCCUUGCUCCUUACUGUUAUUGAAAAAAUUGUGUGGAGCUCAUUAAUUUCAUUUUUUUUAAUUGAUCACUGCUCCUUGUCUAUAGCUAAUACAAAGCUAGCAUUCAACAGACUUCUGGCAUGUGCACGACUUUGCUUUUAGAUGCUUCUUCAUCAUAUCCCUUGCUUCCAGUAGAAAUGUCUAUUGAUGCAUUUGCUUGGUUUUUUCCACAAAUAAAAUGUUCAAUUUA